AUGCCCGGUAAUGUGGGCAUGGAGCGACUCAUUCCUCUUGUAAACAAACUCCAGGAUGCGUUUUCGUCUCUUGGAGUACCUCUUAAUUUGGAUUUGCCUCAGAUCGCCGUUGUCGGUAGUCAGAGUGCCGGUAAAAGCAGUGUAUUAGAAAAUUUUGUCGGAAGAGACUUUUUACCUCGCGGAAGUGGUAUAGUUACAAGAAGGCCUUUGGUCCUCCAACUUAUUACGUCAGACACAGAAUAUGCCGAAUUUUUGCAUAUGAGCGGUGUGAGAUUGACCGACUUUGAUGAGGUCCGCAAGGAAAUCGAGGCAGAAACUGACAGAGAAACAGGAACAAAUAAGGGAAUAUCGAAUAAACCCAUAAACUUAAAAGUAUUUUCACCAAAUGUUCUUAAUCUUACCCUCAUCGAUUUGCCUGGGAUGACUAAAGUCCCUGUGGGUGACCAGCCCUCAGACAUAUCCACUUUAAUCGAGGAAAUGAUCCUUCAGUAUAUAAACUGUGAUUACUGCCUUAUACUGGCAGUUUCUCCAGCCAAUUCUGACUUGGCGAAUUCGGACGCCUUAAAGAUUGCUCGAGAGGUUGAUCCUCAAGGGCUUCGUACCAUUGGUGUGAUCACAAAGCUAGAUCUGAUGGAUCAUGGAACUGAUGCUCGCGACGUUUUGGAAAACAAGCUUCUGCCUUUGAGAAGAGGUUAUAUUGGCGUCGUGAACAGGAGCCAGAAGGACAUUGAGGGCAGAAAAGAUAUAACUACAGCCAUGGCUGCAGAAAGAAAAUUCUUCCUUAGCCAUCCGUCCUACCGUCACAUGGCCGAUCGCAUGGGCACCCCGUACCUGCAGCGUGUCCUCAAUCAGCAGCUGACUAACCACAUUCGAGAAACAUUACCUGGCCUUCGAAACAAGCUUCAGUCGCAAAUGUUGGCAAUGGAAAAGGAAGUUAGAGAAUACAAAGCCUAUCAGCCUGCUGAUCCUUCUUUCAAGACUAAGGCUUUAAUGAUCGCUGUAAAGAGUUUCGAAGUUGAGUUUACGCAAACCAUUGACGGAUCAGGAUCGGAGAUUGACACGAAGACCUUAUCCAGAGGCGCUCGAAUAAAUCGCAUAUUCACAGAACGCUUACCCUACGCCCUAGCCAUGCUUCACAAUGAUGGCGAGGAGUUACGAAGGGACAUUAGCUUUGCUAUUCGCAAUAUUCAUGGAAUUCGCUCUGGACUAUUUACCCCCGACCUGGCCUUCGAGACAAUCGUCCGUAAACAAAUUGAACGUAUGAAGGAUCCUUCACUGACCUGUGUCGACUUGGUUGUCGAGGAGUUGAUUCAAAUUGUACACGACUGCACCAACAAGAUGGAGUGUUUUCCACACCUUCGCGAUGCAACCGAGCGUAUUGUGACGGAACGUAUUAAGGAAAGACAGGUGAACGCCCGCGACAAGAUAUGCCUCCUGGUGGACAUUCAACUUGCCUACAUCAACACCAAUCACGAGGAUUUCAUCGGUUUUGCAAGUGCUGAACAACAGUCGUCUGAUGUAAACAAAGUGAAACUAGGCAAUCGAGUAAUUCGACGGGGCUGGCUGAGCCUGCAAAAUAUCGCUCUCAUACGUGGAGGCAGUAAGGACUUCUGGUUCGUCCUGAAUGCGGAAACCCUCACUUGGUACAAAGACGACGAUGAGAAGGAGAAACGCUACGUUCUCCUCUUGGACGGCCUGAAAGUCAAGGAUGUUGAGUCGAGUUUCUUUGGCAAAAAGAACGUAUUUGCGCUCUUCUACCCCGAUGGAAGGAACGUGUACAAGGACUAUAAGCAACUGGAAUUGAGUGCAGAGUCUGCUGAGAUGGUUGACUCCUGGAAGGCCUCUUUCAUGCGCGCUGGUGUUCAGCCAAUGAAACCCAUUCAGCAGCAGCAAAACCAAGAGCGAUCGGAUGAACAACUUACGGAUAAUGGUGACCCUCAGCUACAGAGACAGGUGGAAGUUAUCCACAAUCUUGUGGAUUCAUAUCUCAAGAUUGUUCACAAAACUCAGCGUGAUCUGGUUCCAAAAAUGAUUAUGCAUAUAAUUGUUAACGAGAUGAAGGAAUUCCUGAAAAGCGAACUGUUGCCAAAUCUUUAUCAGGCGGGAGAUAUUCAAGUUCUGAUGUCAGAGUCCUUAGAAAUGCAGACAAGACGCGAGGAGACUCUUAGGAUGUACGAAGCUUUAAAGGAGGCCUUACGUAUAGUUGGUGAGGUGGCCACAAACACCGUCUCCACACCCGUCCCUCCUCCUGUUAUGGAUGACUGGAUGCACAACGCUACCCCUCAUGCGAUUGACUCCCGUAUCUAG